AGUUCAUCCUGUAAGCUGUCAAAAUGGCGUUAAAUUUGCUUGUUUUGGUGUCAAUUAUUUAUUGUACUAGUGCAUAUGAUUCGGUUAAUGUCUAUGAAGAAGGCCAGGAUACUUUAAGCCAAGAAUUCAGCCACUGUGAGUACCACGAUUGCGACAAUUUCUGCAAACGUCUAGGGUACCAAAGCGGUACAUGUGUGGACGGCCACUGCAAAUGUAAUCACAAACAGGCCGACGAUGCUACAAUAUUGAAGGAAUGCACCCCCGCAACAUGUAAUCAGCUGUGUCGACGCAUGGGAUUCCCCGGUGGUGAUUGUAUAAAUAAAAGAUGCGAAUGUGAAAAACUCGUCGACAAACUUGAGACCGAUUCAUCAAGUCUACGUAGUUGCAAUUUUCGGGAAUGCGAGCAACGUUGUAGACGGCUUGGUUUCCCGGGAGGUGCGUGUGUGGGUGACAGAUGCAAGUGCGACAACUUCCGCGCAUCGGAAGGCAUUGCAGAUACUGAAAAUAAUAAUGAUUUAACCUUCGACGCCGGAGAUAUGGACGUAAAUCAACUGCGUAGUUGCAAUUUACGGGCAUGCGAGCAACUUUGUAGACGGCUUGGUUUCCGGGGUGGUGCGUGUGUGGGUGACAAAUGCAAGUGCGACAACUUCCGCGCAUCGGAAAGCAUUCCAGAUACUGAAAAUAAUAAUGAUUUAACCUUCGACGCCGGAGAUAUGGACGUAAAUCAACUGCGUAGUUGCAAUUUACGGGCAUGCGAGCAACUUUGUAGACGGCUUGGUUUCCGGGGUGGUGCGUGUGUGGGUGACAAAUGCAAGUGCGACAACUUCCGCGCAUCGGAAAGCAUUCCAGAUACUGAAAAUAAUAAUGAUUUAACCUUCGACGCCGGAGAUAUGGACGUAAAUCAACUGCGUAGUUGCAAUUUACGGGCAUGCGAGCAACUUUGUAGACGGCUUGGUUUCCGGGGUGGUGCGUGUGUGGGUGACAAAUGCAAGUGCGACAACUUCCGCGCAUCGGAAAGCAUUCCAGAUACUGAAAAUAAUAAUGAUUUAACCUUCGACGCCGGAGAUAUGGACGUAAAUCAACUGCGUAGUUGCAAUUUACGGGCAUGCGAGCAACUUUGUAGACGGCUUGGUUUCCGGGGUGGUGCGUGUGUGAGUGACAAAUGCAAGUGCGACAACUUCCGCGCAUCGGAAAGCAUUCCAGAUACUGAAAAUAAUAAUGAUGUAUCCUACGACGCCGGAGAUAUGGACGUAAAUCAACUGCGUAGUUGCAAUUUACGGGCAUGCGAGCAACUUUGUAGACGGCUUGGUUUCCGGGGUGGUGCGUGUGUGGGUGACAAAUGCAAGUGCGACAACUUCCGCGCAUCGGAAAGCAUUCCAGAUACUGAAAAUAAUAAUGAUGUAUCCUACGACGCCGGAGAUAUGGACGUAAAUCAACUGCGUAGUUGCAAUUUACGGGCAUGCGAGCAACUUUGUAGACGGCUUGGUUUCCGGGGUGGUGCUUGUGUGGGUGACAAAUGCAAGUGCGACAACUUCCGCGCAUCGGAAGGCAUUGCAGAUACUGAAAAUAAUAAUGAUGUAUCCUACGACGCCGGAGAAAUGGACGUAAAUCCACUGCGUAGAUGCAAUUUAUGGGCAUGUGAGCAACAUUGUAGACGACUUGGUUUUCAUGGUACAUGUGUGGGUGACAAAUGCAAGUGCGACAAUUUCCGUACCCCUAAAGAUGAGUUCUCUGAGGCUGCAAGUACCCUACGUGAUUGCAAUUAUCAGGAAUGUGACCAAAGAUGUCGUCGUCUAGGAUUCCCAGGAGGUGCAUGUGUAGGAAGCAGAUGCAAAUGUGAUAAUUUCCGUAGUACGCAGUUUAGCAGAGGUCUAGAUUCAGCUAAAAUCAAUACUGAAUAUCGCAGUUGUAAUUACCGUGAGUGCGACAGACGUUGCCGUCGCCUGAAAUUUCCCGGCGGGGCUUGCGUAAAUAACCAAUGCAAAUGCUACAAUUUCCGACAACUGUUGAGCAAUGAAGAAUCUUUAGCAACCAAUGCAACAGAAAAUCCACUUGAGAAUGACGUUAAAUGUGACUCAACACAGUGUAAAACGAGUUGUAGUGAGCGUGGUCUACGCAAUGGCAUUUGUAUUGAGAAGGAAUGUUACUGUGACAUGGAAGAUGCAGAGACAUCUUCACAACCUUGUGAACCACAUGCUUGCAACGAUAGUUGUCAGAUAAUGAACCGCUUAGGUGGAUUCUGCUUACUUGGAAAGUGUAAUUGCUAUUAAUACCUAUAUAAAAUACUUCAUACUAACUGCGCUGGUCACCCACCAAUAAAACCAAGGCCU